UACAACUGCACAUGUGUCUGUGUUGGUUAGAGGCAGCGAGAGAAGGGAGGCGAUGCUUGGCAGAGAGAGAGAGGAGGGAGAUUCAGUCAACCAGUCCGGGUCUCUCAUGUCACACUCGCACCCCAAGGAGCUGACCUCUUUCAGUUUCUGUUUGGAAAAAUAACCUGGGAAAAAAACUGGAAUGGAAUAUCGGAAAACUGCCCUCUGGAAAGCAGCUGGAGAAGCAGAGCUCUUCCUCCUCCACCUCCUCCCUCAGCCGCUGCUUCUGCAUCCCAGACAGAGGAGCUGAGGUGGAGAAGGAGAGAAUGACAGACGUUUUUAAUUUGAAUCUGCAUAAAGUAGUGAAGAGGAAGAGGAGGCUUGUGUGCCACUGUGACAACUGUGGGGGGGAAGGACAAGAUUUACAAAUUUAAUUGUACACUUAGUGCUCUUUUGGCUUUUGUUAAAGGGAAAGCGAAGAGCGCAGAGGAGAGAGGAGGGGAGGAGAGUAUAGAGUGUAGAGAUUAGACGAGUGUGGAGCAGAGGGGUGAAGAGAGGAGGAAUAAGCAGAGAAGGAGGAGAGAGGAGUAACCACACUCCAGAUGGGAUGUUGGCAGGAGUGAAUUUUGUCCUCACAGAAUCCUUCUCUCUGGCACCUCCACUCAACAACCCUGCAAGUGAUGAGGAAUUGAUCUGAACUCUGAACUUUUAUUCAAAAUCAUGAGUACCCCGACGACCGAAGGCCCAACCGCAGAGGUGAAGGUGGUCUCCCAGGAAAUGGCCAUGCUCAGCAACUUGCUGGCAGCUUAUACCUUCAUCGCAGACCAACCUGAGAGGACAGCGCUGGUGUUUCUGGGCGGUGUGUGUGCCGGUCUUCUUGUCACGCUGUGCGCCAUCGUCUUCCAGAUACACUGUCGAGCAGACUGCCACUAUGGCAACAGUAAAGACCACCGCCACAGGAGCAGACAUCAUCCCCGUCACCGGCAUAGCUGUCCCCACCAUGAGCCUGGAGACGGUAACCCGGCUGACGCUGCUGCUCUUGUCUUGGUCCCGGGAGGGACGGGGCCCACUGGAGACAGCGAGCCAGAGGACUGGGACGACUCCACGGACCGGUCAGCACGGAGACGCAGACGGUUCGAGAGAGCUCUGCUGAACGCCACCAUGUUCACGUCAUCUGAGGAGCUGGACCGGGCUCAGCGGCUAGAAGAACGUGAGAGGAUCCUCCGAGAAAUCUGGAUGAAUGGACAGCCAGACAUCAGUACAGUCACUCAAAGCCUGAACAGAUAUUACUGAAGUGAACUGGAGAAGACUGACACAGAGACAGACUGAGACACACGGGCAGACAGGUGGAUGGCAGGUGAAACCAUCCCUUCACUAAGUCAGCGCUGUGCCAGAGGAACCCCAAUCAAACUUUUAUUGAAAGUUCUGCCUGAAACCUCCUCUCCACCAUGUGAAUUACAGGGACAUGGACACUGGGAUGUCUCCGUCCUCACAUAAAGGAUAAAGUUUUCAGGUUGGAGCAAGAACAUCCUCAUGAACAGGAAGGUGGCACAAAGGGAGCCAUCAACACUGCUGUCCUCUGUGACAGAUGUUUUACUGACUCUGCCAUAUGUCCCGUAACGGCUUUCAUGAAGUUACAAGGACAAUGUGACAUUUCCCCUUUAACAAGUACUUUUGGGUAGAACAAGAAUUGCAGUUCUUGAGUGUACAGUAAAGUUCAAAUGUAAAGGAUAUACCGUGUUGUUGCCCUGUUCUCCGUGCACCAUAUUGUGCGUAAACUUGCUAUAAUUACAGUGUGAAUACUGGAGACUGUUAAAUUAAAUGUUACAGAUGGGGGACAGAAGACUAAGCUGGAGAGGGUUGGAUCUAAAACGUCAUCUCUGAAGACAAUAAUACAAACAAAGAUGAAGGAAUGCGUACUGGUGCUUUUACUGCUGCAUUUCUGAAU